GCGUCCCUUUCCGGGCCGCGCUCCGGUGACGUCACCAGGCGGCCGGUUCCUCCUCGGCGGCGGCCAAGCCGAAAAGGAGACCAUGGCGGCUUUCGGGGCGCUGCGGCGAGCGUGGAUGGCGGCGGGGGGGCUUCACGCACAGGUUCAUAGAACAACGGUUCCCCUGAGGUGGUCUCAAGCCAAAAUCUCUUUCGUCCCUCAGCCGAAGGGACAAAGUUUUCGUCUCGCUCCUUGGAGACUCACAAUCCGGUGUCAGAGCACGGCGGCCGUGGCAGGCAUCCAGGUUACUCAAGGUGUAUCCGCCCCACCUCUGGAGAAAGUCCUCCCUUUAGAGGAGCUCGGGCAAGUUUUGCAAGAACCGACAUUAGCUGAACUGGGCCUGGAUAGCCACACGCCGGUGGGCUUUAUCCUGAAGUUUUUGGAAUCUUUCCACUUGGACAUGGGGCUGCCUUGGUGGGGCGCCAUUGUGGCAGGGACGGUAUUUAUACGCUGUCUGGUUCUCCCACUCAUUGUAAAGAGCCAACGAGACGCGGUCAAAUUAAACAACCACGUGCCCCAAAUUACUGCAUUAACUGCCAGAAUCAGCGAAGCCAAGAAGACAGGCAACAGACCACAGUUUUCGCAGGCCGUCAUGGAUCUGGAGCACUACCAGAAAACCCAUAAUAUUAACCCCCUACGAGGAUUAAUCACGCCUUUGGUCCAGACGCCCAUUUUCAUCUCCUUCUUCUUCGCCUUGCGCAAAAUGGCGGAGUGUCCUGUACCCAGCAUGCAGACGGGAGGACUGUGGUGGUUCACAGAUCUCACUGCCCCGGAUCCUUACUACAUACUACCCGUGAUGGCAUCUGUCACCAUGUGGAUUGUUACGGAGACUGGAUUGCAAACAGGACCUCCAAACCCACACCUGGACCUAAUGAAAAAGGUUUUCCGAGUGAUGCCAGUGCUCUUCCUUCCUUUCAUAAUUUCCUUUCCAACGGCUAUCUUUACCUAUUGGCUGACAUCCAACUUAUUCUCCAUUAUGCAAAUAUUACUGUUUCGUUUACCUGCCGCUCGUGCUUUUUUUCGCAUCCCCGAGAGUGUGGAACACAAUCCUAAGAGCUUACCGCCCCAGGAAGAUUUCCUGAAGAGUAUCAAGGAAGGAUGGCAGAAUGUCCGGAUGGCUCAUCAGUUAGACGAAAGACAGAAGUACUUCAAAACACAACUGGAUUCAACACAUAAAGGGUCACUCCACCAAACCUUUUCCCAGAGAACCACACAGUAUCCGAGCAAGCCAUCAUCACAAAAGAGAGGAUUAGGGUGAAUGCUACAGAGCUGUAUUCAAGGCAAAAAAUGUCCUCCCGUCUCCCUUACCCCUUUGCCCUAGUUUAAACUAUUACUUUUGUUCUCCAUUUGCUCUGAGAGCAUAUGUGUAAAUGUGUCUGUAAAUUUAUUACAUAAGAUUGUGCUUUGAAUUAAAAAAUGCUUUCAAAUUCAA